UCGAACUUACAACAACCCUGCAGACGGUUGCCAUGUCCAUAACGCCCAUCGAGAUGUCCUAAAACCUGGCAUUCCAAUUAGUCAAAACAGGUGAAGACAACAACAACAAACAAUUCCCAUGGUGGAUCAACAACCUCCUCCGCCAGGUCGUACCAAACACACAUCCAUUUUUACUACAACGACCUUCCACAAAUAUAAACCUCCACCUCUGCUACUCCUUCAUUCUCACUUCAUUCACCACCUUCAAUGGCUCCUAAGGAUUUUCUAUCUUCCUUGGCUUCAGCUUUCCUUCUCUUCAUUGCUUACACUGCUGCUGCUACUGAUGGAGGUGAUGAAGGCACGGCGUUGGGAGCUUCUUAUAUAUUCGGCGAUUCUUUGGUAGAUGCCGGAAAUAAUAACUUUUUGCCUACCUUAUCUAAAGCUAACAUCAAGCCCAACGGAAUUGAUUUCAAAGCUUCCGGAGGAAAACCUACCGGCCGCUACACCAAUGGUAGAACCAUCGGAGACAUCAUUGGGGAGGAACUAGGGCAAAAACACUAUGCGGUGCCGUUUCUGGAUCCGAAUUCCACUGGACAAGCAUUAUUAUACGGUGUGAAUUACGCCUCCGGCGGUGGAGGAAUCAUGAACGCCACCGGGAGAAUUUUUGUUAAUCGAUUAUCCAUGGACAUCCAGAUUGAUUACUUCAACAUCACGAGAAAACAGAUCGAUAAACUCAUCGGUGCAUCAAAAGCAAAAGAACACAUCAUGAAGAAAUCAAUCUUCUCAAUCACAAUCGGAUCUAACGACUUCCUCAACAAUUAUUUGCUCCCUGUUCUAUCGAUUGGAGCUAGGGUUACUCAGACCCCCGAUUCUUUUGUCGAUGAUCUCCUUAGUCACCUCAAAGCCCAGCUUACUAGACUUUAUCAAUUGGACGCAAGGAAAUUCAUCCUCGGAAACGUCGGGCCAAUUGGAUGCAUUCCAUAUCAGAGGACGAUUAAUCAGUUGAAGGAGGAUGAAUGUGUGGCAUUACCAAAUCAACUCGCACUUCAAUACAAUUCUAAAUUGAAAGAUUUGAUUGCACAACUCAACGAUAAUCUCCCCGGAGCUACUUUUGUUCAUGCCAACGUCUACGACUUAGUGAUGGAGCUCAUUACAAAUUACGCCAAAUACGGAUUUAAAACUGCGAGCAAAGCAUGCUGCGGGAACGGAGGUCAAUAUGCAGGGAUAAUUCCUUGUGGUCCGACGUCGACUUUGUGUACAGACAGAGAUAAACAUGUGUUUUGGGAUCCUUACCACCCUAGCGAGGCUGCAAAUGUGCUAAUCGCCAAGCAGUUGAUUGCAGGUGACCCAAAAUAUGUGUCUCCGAUGAAUCUCAAGGAACUUCGUGAUCUAUAGGUCUAUAGCUGUAGCUUCCGUUUUGUAUUGUGAAUCUGUUGGAUCUUUAUGGUUAAUAUGUACUUAUAUGGUUGAUUUUAUACAUGUAUGUGGAUUUGAGCAAGGUUUUUUUCUUAUGGAAUAAUGGAAAGAAUUGAAUUAAA